GCCGCAUCCCGGGGCCGCCACCGACAGGUUGGGGGAGGGGAAUCGAGGACGGGCGCUCCCGAAAGGCCGCUCCUCGAGGCGGCGGCUGGGCGCCCGCGGUCCCUCGUCGGCCUCUGGGCGCCGAGCACGUUUUAUUUAUCCCCACAGAGGAUGCUGGAGGACAAAAGAAAUAUUUGGACGCACCGUCAGACCUGGCCAAGUGGGUCAUGGGUCAUGCCUACGGCCAAACCCAGGAGAUCUGCAGCUAUCGGCGGAUCUUUCAGGAAGGUGGCUGUAAAAAGAGCCCUGCCCGGGACACCAGCGCCUUCGGAGAGCGGAAGACUAUCCAAAUAAACAUUUGGAAUUGGGUGGCUGGUGUUCAAGCCCGGAGGUCUGGGGGGUUUCUGGGCCGAGGAAGAAGAGCAGACGCUAGGAGGGGUGUCAAAAUCCCCACUCCUCGCCACCGUCCUUCUCCUGCCCCUGCCUCCGCGUCCUUCCAGUGCUGUUCCCGUGCAGGUUUUCUGGUGUACGUGGAAGUUUCUAGAGAGAAGCCUCUGCAGCAUGCAGGCCAGGGCUCUUCCGCUGUCUCCUCCUCAAAGGCGCUGACACUCCUAGGCCCCAGCCCCGAGUUCCCACUGUCCGCACGUGGAAAGGCCUCUGGAAAGCGAAAAGGAAAUGGAAGCAAACGUAAGCAUGAGUCCUAUCCGACCCAGGUUUCCAGAGUCUUGAAAACUUGGCCGAGGCUUCGAGGUCCAAACCCCUCGAUUCAAAGUUCCGAAAACGUCCCGGAUCGCCCGCGGCCGCAACCCUGGGGCACCCCGGCCAGCGCCUCUGCUAAUGGUUGUCGUGAAGCCUGCAGGCCCGGCCGCAGAGAGAGAGGGUUGGCACGUUACCUUUGGGCGCUGGCACCCCGGCGUGUGACUGAGGGCGGCAGUGUCCACACGAAGCUGACAGAUGGAGGUUCCGGGCGGCGGCCCCGGCGGCAGCACCGCUCGGCCGGGGGCAGGCCGGGAGAAGGAAGGGAGGCGAUGGGGGUGGGUCUGCUCUGCGGGGGGCGGCUGCUUCCCGGGGUGGAAAGCCAGGGCUGCAGCGAGGGGCAGAGAGACGAGAUUUCAUCAAGUCAGAGCGGGGGCGCCAAGAAGGCGAGCUCGGGGCUGCGGCGGCCGGAGAAGCCGCCCUACUCCUACAUCGCGCUCAUAGUCAUGGCCAUCCAGAGCUCGCCCAGCAAGCGCCUGACACUCAGCGAGAUCUACCAGUUCCUGCAGGCGCGCUUCCCCUUCUUCCGCGGUGCCUAUCAGGGCUGGAAGAACUCUGUGCGCCACAACCUCUCGCUCAACGAGUGCUUCAUCAAGCUGCCCAAGGGCCUGGGGCGGCCCGGCAAGGGCCACUACUGGACAAUCGACCCGGCCAGCGAGUUCAUGUUCGAGGAGGGCUCGUUCCGCCGCCGGCCGCGCGGCUUCAGGCGGAAGUGCCAGGCGCUCAAGCCCAUGUACCACCGCGUGGUGAGUGGCCUGGGCUUUGGGGCCUCGCUGCUGCCCCAAGGCUUCGACUUCCAGGCGUCCCCGUCGGCGCCGCUGGGCUGCCACGGCCAAGGCGGCUACGGCGGCCUCGAUAUGAUGCCCGCGGGCUACGACACGGGCCCUGGGGCCCCGAACCACGCGCACCCGCACCACCACCACCACCACCACGUCCCACACAUGUCGCCCAACCCGGGCUCCACCUAUAUGGCCAGCUGCCCGGUGCCCGCGGGGCCCGGGGGCGUCGGUGCGGCCGGAGGUGGCGGCGGCGGCGGAGACUACGGGCCGGACAGCAGCAGCAGCCCAGUGCCCUCUUCCCCGGCCAUGGCGAGCGCCAUCGAGUGCCAUUCGCCCUACACGAGCCCCGCGGCGCACUGGAGCUCGCCCGGCGCCUCGCCUUACCUCAAGCAGCCGCCCGCCCUGACGCCAAGCAGCAACCCUGCGGCCUCUGCAGGCCUCCACUCCAGCAUGUCUUCCUACUCGCUGGAGCAGAGCUACUUGCACCAGAAUGCCCGUGAAGACCUCUCAGUGGGACUGCCUCGUUACCAGCACCACUCCACUCCAGUGUGCGACAGGAAGGAUUUUGUCUUCAAUUUCAAUGGCAUUUCUUCUUUUCACCCCUCAGCCAGUGGGUCCUAUUAUCACCAUCACCACCAGAGUGUCUGUCAGGAUAUCAAGCCCUGCGUCAUGUGAACAGAAAGAGGCCAUG